CAUUUAAGUUCAAGUGCAGCUUGAAGACUAGGAUCAGGAUCAGGCCUCUUCUGAAAGCUGAACAAGGCUUCUGAGCCACGCAACCCUCCACCUUUUUUGGACUCACGUCCUCGGUCUCUGGGACUAACCAGGGAAGCUCACGUUAGUGGCCGCCAAGGCGAGGGGCCGGCCUUGCCAAGACUAAAGAGGGAGGAGGGGAGAAAAGCAAGAAUCCCCCACCCCCUCCGGGCGGAGGGGGCGGGAGGAGCGCGUCCCGGCCGGGCCCAGCAGUGUCUUCCACUCUGCAUCUCUUUGGGAGCGGCGCGGGAAGGAUGCUGGGCCGCAGGGGCGCGCGCGCUGGGCCCGGGAUGCCGCGGGGCUGGACCGCGCUCUGCUUGCUGAGUUUGCUGCCCUCUGGGUUCACAAUUAUGAACAACUUGACUACUGUUGCCCCAGAACCAUCCACUCUGAAAAUAUUUUCAACUAUUUCUACAAAUGUAUCCAGCCGGGAUAUAGUAACACUAAGCCUCCCUGCAAGUAACAGUUCCCAUCCUGCCUCUCAGGACAGCAAUGAGACCACAUCGGACAUCUCAGAGACUACAGUCAACUUCACAUCUACCUCUGGGAUCACCCCAGUCCCCGAAACCACAAACUCUUCUGUUCAGUCACAGACCUCUGUAGCCACCACAGUGUCCACCACCCUAGCAAAUGUGUCAACUUCAGAGAUGACCUUGAAGCCCAGCAUGCCACCUAUAAAUGUUUCAGAUUACUCACCCAAUAGCACCAGCCCUGUGAUGACAUCGCCAACAAAACCCUAUACACCAUCUUCUCCUGCCCCAAGUACCAUCAAGGGAGAAAUCAAAUGUUCAGGAAUUAGAGAAGUGAGAUUGACUCAGGGCAUCUGCCUGGAACUAAACGAGACCUCCAGCUGUGAGGACUUUAAAAAGGACAGAGGAGAGGACCUGAUUCAAAUACUGUGUGGGAAAGAGGAUGUUGAUGCUGGGACCGGCAUGUGCUCCUUGCUUCUCGCCCAGUCUGAGGUUAAACCUCAGUGUCUACUGCUGGUCUUGGCCAAUGGAACAGAACUUCCCAGCAAACUCCUGCUUAUGGAAAAACACCAGUCUAAGCUGAGAAAGCUGGGGAUCCAAGGUUUCAUGAAACAAGAUAUUGGGAGCCACCAGAGCUAUUCCAGAAAGACCCUGAUUGCACUGGUCACCUCAGGAAUCCUGCUGGCUGUCUUGGGCACUACUGGCUAUUUCCUGAUGAACAGACGCAGUUGGAGCCCCACAGGAGAAAGGCUGGGCGAAGACCCUUAUUACACGGAGAACGGUGGAGGCCAGGGCUAUAGCUCAGGACCUGGGUCCUCCUCUGAGGCUCAGGGAAAGGCCAGUGUGAAUCGAGGGGCUCAGGAGAACGGGACCGGCCAGGCCACCUCCAGAAACGGCCAUUCAGCAAGACAACACGUGGUGGCUGAUACCGAAUUGUGACUUGGCUGGGUGGGGCAAGACUGGGCACUGUCCAGGAAAGCGGCCCCUCUCUGCCUCUUGACCACAUACUGCCUCCGUGCUGGAGGCGACAUCCCUCAUGUCCUACCCUUCCCCGCGUAUGCACCUCAGAGGCUGUUCCUGGAGCCCUGCACUUUCCGGGUGCCCUUUAUGCAUUCAGCUCUCUGAACCUACACUCUGGUCUUUUCUUGGUAAAGAUGUGGUGGGGAAAAGCCAAGGUCCAGAGGAGCUGCCAGGGUGGUUGAUGGCCUUGUAGCAUCCAUACAUGGACCCCCUCCUUCCCUCCUGCUCUCUGCCCCUUUCUAGACACCCCCAGGGAGAAAGGGUGGGCUUUUCUAAGCUACAACCUCCUUCAGGAGGCUUUUACUGUUUCUUCCUUGUAUUUCUUUCUCCAAACUACCCCUUGUACCUGCUCCCUUGUAAUGAUAUAACCAGAAAAAACAAGUUGUCUUAAACCAUGUUCCUUAUCCUUCCUCCAAGACACUGUGGGAUUAGUCACCAGCUCCAUACUUGCUCUCCUAAGUUCCACCAAGCUUCAUGUGUCUCCCUCUGUCCAUGUACAGAAGCUGGGACAGUUUUCUGGCUCCGUGUUGUAGAACAAACAGCUCAGUCCUGGUCUCUUGGGCCACACAGAGACUCCUUGGAUCAAAGUGCGCAGGACCAAGGAACCAGAUCCAGAUCUUUGAGCAGAGCCUCUUGACCUGUGCUCUUCUGCAGAAUCCUCUUGCACUGAGGCUGCGUCUUUGUCCCCUCUUCUCUGCACAGCUUCUGUCUCUCCACCUUGACUCCUGGGUUGAGCGGUGACCUCAGUGCCCCAGCAGACUUCCUUCCAUUUCUGCCUCCCCACCUGAACCCCUUCUUUGCUCUGCAUCUCCAGAUUUGAGAACCCCAGGACAUCUCCCAAAGAUCACAAGCUCCCUCCUCUGGGGGAGAUCCAGUUUCUUUUCUGUUGUUGUUUUUCUCAAGGGGUGAGCAGGGAUCCUGGUUUCAAUAACGGUUGGAAAGAGAACUUUCCAGAGAUGGUGGGUGGAUUUUUUUUUCCUGAAUAAAAAGUUGUGUGUUUAAAUCCUGUAAUUAAAGUAAUACUGAAAUAUC